AUGAUUUUCACUGCGAUGCCAUUCGACAAUCCAUCCCUACAACGAGAGGAACAACUCAAGAAGAAAACCAUGAAACGACUCACCUGCCGAAAAUGCGAAGGACAUGGCUUCAUUUCGGUACUGAAAGGUCAUGCGGCCAUUUGUCCGUUUAACGAGUGCAGCUGCGAACGGUGCUCAUCAGUGAUGAGUAUGAGAGCGAAUGCACUGAUUCGUCGUUUCCGCCAUCGACAACCCGGGCAGAAUCUGGCUGUACUGAAGACUAUUCGCUCGAAAAAUGGCAACAUGCGCUUGAGAAUCGUUCCUAAAGGGGAUCAAUACACCGACGAGUCGUCAGCUCGAGCCUACGUAGUCUCAUCAUCUGCAACGCUGUCUUCAUCGGCUUCUGGUUCAUCGUCACCUUCUUUGCCCACCUCUCCACCUCUUCUGCCCACAAAUGUUACCACUCCUCUACUUCCAACAUUCAACCAGGACAUUCUAUUUGAAUACCUCCAGCAAAUAUUGCAAGCAAGACUCUACUCCGAGCUCCUCAAGCAGCAAUCAGCCCCGUUCGACCCUCGGAAACGCCUCGGAACGAUUGAUCCAAUCUCCCCUCUUCUGGCGAACACCCUGCUCUCCUCAGUGCAGCAACCACUUCAGUACUUCUCAGUAGUAUAG